UAGUCAGAUCACCUUUCAAACUAUUAUAGAAAAAGAUUUCAAAGUCAUUGUUAGAUCUAAAUUCGGAGAAUGCUAAACAAAAAUUAUACGAAAUUUGGAUACAUCUUCCAGCCGUAAAAUCCAUUUUGUUUCGCCGUAAAAUGUGCAGCCCAUCGUGUAAAUCUUGCAAAGCCCCUCCCCAGUGUUCUCGAUGUCCUCCCAUGUGCUGUAGUCCUGGUAUCAGCUACUGUAUUUUCGACCUGGAGACUGCUGUUUUCGAUACCCGCCACGUCUACCAAAAAGCUCUCAUCGAUUUGGCUACCAGCUACAACAGAGUAAUACCGGAACUACUAAUGAUACAAAUCGGGCCGAUGGAGACGGCUGAGAUGGCGGAGCUGAUCUGCAGGAAGUUAGAUAUGCCGGUCAGUUGGGAGACCUUCCGAUACCAGCUUAAUGAACGAACCUCGGAGCUGAUCGCCAAUCCGCCGCUGAUGCCGGGAGUAGAGAGGCUGGUGCGGCACUUGUGCAAGUGCUGCAUGGGCCUUGGCCUGGUCACCUCCUGCUCGGAGAGUAGGUACUGCAGCAAGAUCAAGGACCGGGAGGAGUUCUUCGAGCACUUCUCCACAAUCAUCUUCGGGGACGACGCUGAGGUGAGGGCCGUCAAGCCUCAGCCGGAUGUGUAUCUGAUAGCCAUGUCGCGUCUGGGGGAUGCGGGGCCGGACUGCACCCUGGUCUUCGAGGGCACACCCCAGGGCGUCCAGGCUGCUAUCGACGCCCGUCUGCCGGUCGUCAUGUUAGCGGAGAGCACGCUGCCCUGCUGUUGGUCCGAGCUGGCGACACUGCGACUCGAGACUCUGGAAGAGUUUGACCCGGAGGAGUUCAACAUGCCACCGUACAGCUGCACAGAGCCGCCGCCCAGGAAGGUCAAGAGGAAGAGCCGUCGAAGCUCCCAGAUUUCCACCGGCAGUCGCAGCUCGGCAGCCAUAAGGGCGGCCGCCGAAGCCGCAGCUGCCGCGGCAGCCGAGGAGGGCGGGGAGGAGGAGCAGGAAGAAGCUGAGUAGCGAUUUUAUGAAAGUAAAAGUUGGAGGAUUUUAUCAUGUUGGAUCUUGGACAAAAUUAAAGUUAUUUUUUAGACAAGAGAUUUUUAAAGGAUUAAUAAAUA